GGAAGUUUCGAAUCAAGCUUUAGACAAAGUGGGGAAUGAAAUCGAGUUUAGGUUACAAAUAGUAAAUGAAAGGACGAAUAUUGAAUAACUGCGUUGACCUGAUACGUAGGAGCUUGUUUACUAUUCUUUGAACCGGUGGUGCCACAUAUUUAAACUCAAGUUAACUCUGAUUAGUGUUUACACUAAAAUGUGAUUAGUAAAAUAUGUGUGUCUACAGACGCGGUGUUCAGAGUUUUAGGUUUCAUAUCAACAGGGUAUCGAAGGACUCGUUUUAUAGUUGGCCAUGAAUGCAAGUCAAGGAUAUGGACAUUAUGAGCCAUGGUGGUUCGAAAAGGCAUUAGACGACAUUGACUUGAAGGUCGUAACCAUGAACUGGAAUUUCCCUGUUUACCUUUCCAUAAUGUACAUUGGGAUUGUGGUUGCUGGGAAGAAAUGUAUGGAAACACGGAAUAGGUACGACCUUCGAAGGCCAAUGCUAGCGUGGUCCAUUCUUCUUGCAGUAUUCAGCAUCAUCGGCACAACCAGGAUGCUUAUUAUGCUUCAACACUUGUACACCGAAGGUGGCAUUCGUCGAAUUGUGUGUGAUACGGGACUAUAUCACAGACCAAUCACUCGUUUUUGGUGCGCCGCAUUUUUGUAUAGCAAGUUCUUCGAAUACGUGGACACGCUCUUUAUUAUAUUUCGGAAGCAAAACCUUAUUUUUCUACACUGGUACCACCACCUAACAGUUGCUCUGUUUUGUUGGUCAUGCUAUGACGGGAAAAACGCUGGUGGUGCCGUGUUCAUGUCUUUCAACUGCUUCAUUCAUGCCAUGAUGUACACAUACUAUGCCAUACGAGCAGCAGGUGUAAAAUUGCCGCGCUUUGUGUCCAUCGUUAUUACUGGGAGCCAAAUCAUACAAAUGGUGGUGGGGUGUCUUACAAUGUACGGUUUAGUUAUUUGGCGAAGUGAGUCUAGUUGCAGAACUACUGACCAUCAUCUUUUAUCUGGCGUUAUAAUGUACGCUUCUUACCUUGUGCUGUUUAUUCAUUUCUUCUACAAUUCAUACGUGAAAAAGCGGGCCAACAGUUCUCCUCAGAAAGAAGAAAUCCAUUCAAAAGAAGUUACUUUCGCAAAUGAAAUAGAUCAAAAUACAACUAUUCGCCGACGAAAAUAGUCUCAAACUGUUAACCAUAGAGCUAAUUACAUGAACAGAUGCUUAUUAAUUAAUUUAAUUACCGCCAAAUUAUGUGUGUGUAAAAUGUUGUAUUGAUACAAUUGAACGUAACAAUGCUAUUUAUUAUUAAACAAACUUUCAAACUACAAAUAAACAAAAUCUACC